AACCACAAUUAGUAGCUUUUUCUGAAAUUUUAAAUCAGAUACUUAAUGAUAGUGAAUCUAAUGAUCAACUACUUGUUCCAAUCCAAAAAUUAUUACUUCAUAGUGUCACAGAAUAUGAUAUAUUUCUUUGUGGUAUAGAUACAAGAGAAAAUGAAAAUUCUAAUCAAGUUGAAAAUAUUGGAUUGACAAUGAGAUUUACUUUGAAAAAAGAAUACGAACAAGAAAAUAUUAUAUAUAUCUGGCCACAACUCUCACCAGUUCGUAAAGGCUCAGAUUGGAAGGAGUUCUGCCAU